GAGAACGUGUUUGCGGGGCAGUCAAAGAUCUAUGCCUACAUGAGUCCAAACAAGUGCUCUGGAAUGCGCUCCCCUCUUCAGGAAGAGAACUCAGUUGCACAUCACGAGGUCAAAAGCCAGGGGAAGCCAUUAGCUGGAAUCUACAGGAAGAGAGAAGAGAAAAGAAAUGCUGGGAAUACAAUCCGAAGCUCCGUGAAGUCUGAUAAACAGAAGAUCAAAGACGCCAGGAGAGGUCCCCUGGCACCUUUUCCAAACCAAAAAUCUGAAGCAGCAGAGCCUCCAAAAACUCCACCCCCGUCAUGUGAUUCUACCAAUACAGUGGUUGCCAAGCAGGCCCUGAAUAAACCCCUCAAGGGCAAAGCAGGCCCCUUGGAAAAAGUCAAGGGAAAACAGCAGAAUAGAAAGCUUACAGAUUUCUACCCGGUGCGAAGGAGCUCCAGGAAGAGCAAGGCUGAGCUACAGUCUGAAGAAAAGAAAAAAAUUGAUGAACUGAUUGAGAGCGGGAAGGAAGAAGGCAUGAAGAUUGAUCUCAUUGAUGGAAAAGGCCGGGGUGUAAUUGCCACCAAGCAGUUCUCCCGGGGAGACUUCAUGGUAGAAUACCAUGGGGACCUCAUUGAGAUCACCGAUGCCAAGAAGCGGGAGGCUCUGUAUGCACAAGACCCCUCCACAGGCUGCUACCUGUACUAUUUUCAGUAUCUGAGCAAAACCUACUGCGUGGAUGCCACUCGAGAAACUAAUCGUGUGGGAAGGCUGAUCAAUCAUAGUAAGUGUGGGAAUUGCCAGACCAAACUGCAUGACAUCGAUGGCGUGCCUCACCUCAUCCUCAUCGCCUCCCGCGACAUUGCAGCUGGGGAAGAGCUCCUGUAUGACUAUGGCGACCGCAGCAAGGCCUCCAUUGAGGCCUAUCCUUGGCUGAAGCAUUAACCAUGUGGCCUCCCUGCCACCCUGCCUCCUUCAAAGGACAAAGUGCCCUCAAAGGGAAAUGAUUUUUUUUUUCUACACACACUUACUCUUAGCUAAUUACUUCAGAUGUUUUUAAAAAGUCUAUUAAAGAUGCCUUUUCAUGUAGUAUUUAAAUAUCUGUUACAGGCUUCCAAGGUGGACUUGAACAGAUGGCCUUAUAUUACCAAAACUUUUAUAUUCUCGUUGUUUUUGUACUUUUUUGCAUACAAUUGAGCGUUUGUGCUUCCCGCGCAGUCGAGGACUCGGCCGGCACAGGUGUAGAGAAUGGAGUGGAACGUGAACUAGGAAGCCAGGCUCUGCCCAAGAUGAAAGCCAGGACUCCCCCGCACCCCAUGUCCAAGGACAGGCGGGUGUGAGGGUGCUGCCACCCCCCACGCACAGCCUGGACGGGAUGUCUCCAAGCUCUUGUUCUCCUCAGCGUCUUGACAGGCGUAGACAUUGACAUGUGUGAAUAAUUUUUAGCAAAAGUUUUGCAGUAAGCUCGUCUUCCCCUCUGCUUUCUCCAAAGCUUACUGAGCCCGGGGCUCGGAAGCCCGGCCGGGAACAGACCUCUUCCACAGGCUUUUGGCUUUUCCAGGCACCUCGAAGCAUCAGGGUGGGCAGUCAGACUAGAG